AUGGCAUUAAGACCAUGUCAAAUUUUUGCAUUUACGCCAUCUGAAAUUGCUUUUAUUGCUGAAUCAUCUCCUAUUGAGAUUAUCCCAAGACAAACAAUGGAUGCUUUGCCAUUGAUUGGUGGAAUUAUUCCUCAAUUUAAGCCUCCCAGUAGAGUAACAGUGCCUUUGUGGAUGGCUAUCUUUUUAAAACGUCAAAAACGGGCAAACAUCCUUCCUCCUUCAUGGUUAUCUCAAGAAGCAUUGGAAGGAUUUCUUGAGGCUGAACACAAGGUAGAAAAUGGAUUUUCUGCUUUACCGCUUCGUUGGUUUGAGAUAUCUAGUAUUUUACUUGAAGUUGCUUCAGAUGAUUUGGAUCAACCUGAGCUAAUUCGUCGUCUUUUACGAGAUUUAAGGGAAACAAGGCAAGGAAAGACAAGAGACGGGCUUGCUUCUCUAAAUGAAACGCAUCUUCAGAUGGAUAAUCUGGGUUCAAUGGAAAUUAAUGAGAUUAGAUCUUUUUUUGCAAAAUCUAUGGAUCAAAUACGGCGGUUGAGUGCAUUGAGUGCCGAUAAUGAGGAUUUGAAUGAAAUGGAAGAUCAAAGUGAAUAA